GUUCCACUUAGGACUUCUUUUGUGCAUUUUCCUAUAAUGUUGGCAAGUGAUAUCCGUCUACCUUGUGCACUGCAGUGGUGCGCAGCUUCGCCUGGAGAAACACCUGUGCGCCUCUCGUCUCCACUGGCCACAGUCAUGAAUGUUGAGUAGAGAACAGAUAACCCUAAGGCGCGGUGUCUGUCUGCAUUUGUCUGAGAGAACGAGAGAGGGAGCAGCACAAAUACCGCACAGCCAGACAUCAUGCAAGGAGAAACCUCCCCUCGCUGCAGAGUGCUGAAAUGUUAGGACUGAAGAGCGACUGUUUACAUCAGGGGGGGCGAUAAGAGCUGCUUGACACUAGACUCACCGACACCCUGUGUGUGGUUUAAGGCCCCUUUCAAUCACAAUCCAGAGAAUCAGGAAAAGAUGUGUUAACCAAUCUUUCAUCAGCACAUUUUUUCCUGUUAGAUUCAGCAAUCUAGAAACAGGCUGAGAUGGAGUGGUCACUAGAGAAUGUGAGGGAGAUGGUGGCUGGAGGGAUGCAGUCUAUAAGGGAGUGUGAGAUCUGUGCAUUUGCCAUAGCCAUGUGUGUGCUGCUGCUGUUUAUGUGGUAUUGUUACAGGGUGGGCUGGGAGCAUGGUUCCAGCCCCCUGCGUGGGAGGUAUCUGGCCGGGCCUGGCCGGAUCGGAGGAGUGGUGGGGGGCUUCAUGAGUUCAGACUGUCGCGGCAGGGGGAAAGGGAAACACGGAUCAAUGCUGGAAGAGCAGAAUGGCUUCGCUUUCUGCCAGUCGUCAGAGUGUUUCCGCUGCACCAGUGCUGGAGAAAGCCUGAACCAGAGGCUCUAUCACAGCCUGCAGGAUUACGCCAAGCGCUACACCUGGUCAGGUAUGGGCAGGGUGCAUAAAGGAGUCCGCGAUCAAGGCCGAUACCUUAACAGCCGACCAACCAUCCAGAGGCCGGAGGUCUUCUUUCUCCCCGACCUCCCAUCAGCCCCUUUCUUCUCCAGGGAGGUGCAGAGACACGACGUGGAGCUUCUGGAGCAGAGUUUCCCCGCCCUCCUCGCUGAGUUUGAGAGCAUCUACCACCAGCCUCCUGCCCGCAGCGGCUCCUCCCACCCAACGGGGUGGAAGGCCAACAGCACUCCUCGCGGGCAGUGGUGGACCUACUAUCUAGUCAACCAAGGCACCCCUCUGGUUCUUAAAGUCAGGAGAUGCCCACGGGCGUGGAGGGUGCUGGGCCAGCUGCGCACCUUCAUCGCCAACAACGUGUUCAGCAACGCCUGCUUCUCUGUGCUGACGCCCGGAGCUCUGAUCACAGACCAUUACGGUCCAACAAAUGUCAGACUGCGCUGCCACCUGGGUAAGAGAGCGAGCUGUUUAACGAGCUGAAACUGAUUCAGCCUUGUGAUGUGUGAGGUUUAUUGGGUAUUGAACUCAACACAACAGCAGAUGAUUUUAAAUAAUAAGCAUAAUAAGCAUUCCUGUUGUAAAUCCCCAUGCUGGAGACUCUGUAUCAGCUUUCCGCUCCAAGCCGGCCCAGUCACCCCUCCUUUAUACAACACAGGAAACACAACAUAAAACCAGGGUCUUGUUCCCAAGUCACAGAUAGGGGAAUAAUUCUAAGAUCCUUUAAUCCUCCCGUUAAUAUGGACCACUGAGUCUGUGCCGUGCCCAAACUGCCCUUCCUACUGCCGUUUGUCUCUAAAAAUAUGUCGCCAUUUCCAUUUAUUGAAAUUCAGUGGCCAUGUGUUUGUUCUGAGACACAGCUAUGACUGUUAUUUAUUGGUUAUAGUCCGUCUACAGUAGCACAUGAUUAAGUUAGACUGACCGAAACACUGCAAUGCACUUUAAGACACUAUUCUUUUUAUAUUUCAGUUUCUCCAUAAAAAUAGUUCAGUAAAUGUAACUUACAAUCAGAGCGGACACCUUUAAUGUUGAAUGUUUAAUCUGAAUAAUGGAGAGCACUGUGCUCUUGGUUUGUAGUUUUCGUUUCGUGUGUCAACGUCAAACUCGUCCUUGUUGUAGCCUAUGUGUAAUUGUCUCAUGCCAAACACUGACUGCCAAUAAAAGAACCAAUCCAAACUGAGAA